UUCUCUCUCCUCCCCUGUAACUCCUCCGAAUCCCUAAUUCCGUCGAUCUCUCUCGUCUCAAAAAGUUAUCUCCGGCGACUCAAGAUUACUUGAUUCCGGCCGAUCAGUGACCAGAAUGGAGCACCACAGCUCAGGACUUCGCCGCAUUCUGGUUCUCGCUUUUUGCGUCGCCGGAAUCUGGUCGGCGUAUAUUUACCAAGGCGUCCUUCAAGAGACAGUGUCUACAAAGAGAUAUGGUCCAAACAAGCAGAGGUUUGAACAUCUAGCUUUUCUUAAUCUGGCGCAAAGUGUAGUUUGCUUAAUUUGGUCAUUUAUUAUGAUAAGGCUAUGGUCAGGCGGAAGUGGUGGUGGUGCACCUUGGUGGACUUAUUGGAGUGCUGGAAUUACAAACACUAUCGGUCCUGCUAUGGGAAUUGAAGCAUUGAAAUACAUCAGUUAUCCUGCUCAGGUUCUUGCAAAAUCUUCUAAAAUGAUUCCAGUAAUGUUCAUGGGUACUUUAGUGUAUGGUAUUAGAUAUACCUUUCCAGAGUAUUUGUGUACUCUAUUAGUUGCAGGUGGAGUUUCUUCAUUUGCUCUUCUUAAGACGAGUUCUAAAACUAUAAACAAGUUAGCUCGCCCGAAUGCACCUAUAGGAUAUGGACUCUGUUUCUUUAAUCUCGCGUUUGAUGGAUUUACAAACGCCACUCAGGAUUCAAUUUCAGCAAGGUACCCAAACACAACAGCUUGGGACAUAAUGCUAGGAAUGAAUCUAUGGGGAAGUAUUUUCAACUCCAUUUUUAUGUUCGGUUGGCCAGGAGCAGGCGGUUAUGGUGCAAUCGAGUUCUGUAGGCAGAAUCCCGAAGCAGCUUGGGACAUUCUCUUAUACUGUAUUUGCGGUUCGAUCGGACAGAAUUUCAUUUUCCUAACAAUCAGCAGAUUCGGUUCACUCGCAAACACAACCAUUACCACGACCCGAAAAUUCGUCAGCAUCGUCGUAUCUUCUCUACUGAGUGGUAACCCUUUAUCGAAUCAACAAUGGGGAAGCGUAGCGAUGGUGUUCUCCGGCUUGUCAUACCAAAUAUAUCUCAAGUGGAAGAAACUUCAGAGAUUACCAAAGAAGAAGAAGACAACAAAGGCGAAUUAAACUUGGAUUAUUUUUUUUUUUUUUGUAUUGAUGAAACAUUUUCUCAUAAUUAUAUAUUGUUACAAUGCAGAAUCAUAUAAUUUAUAGAUAGAUAAAUACAUUUUCAAA